AUGGAUUCGGAGUUACAGGUCCUGGGUUCAGAUCUUGCCACUCCCACUCCCAGCAUGACCUUGGUCCCUGGAAGCUGCCCCGUGUCUCAUACCAUUUUGUUGGUACAACAGAGGCCAGAAGGCUGAACUUAUGCUGAUUAUGAAUCAGUGAAUGAAUGCAUACAAGGAGUUUGUAAAAUGUAUGAAGAGCAUCUGAAAAGGAUGAAUCCUAACAGUCCCUCCAUCACAUAUGACAUCUAUCAGUUGUUUGAUUUCAUUGAUGAUCUGGCAGAUCUUAGCGGCCUUGUGUACCGAGCAGACACUCAGACAAAUCAACCCUACAACAAAGAUUUGAUCAAAGAGAAAACCUAUGUGCUUCUCCAUUGGCAGGCCCAACAAGCUGGCAAAUAA